UUGCCGGUAGUUGUGGGUAGCUCUUCGCUCCGAUAGGUUCCAUCAGGCACUUAACUACUGGUGCCGAAGCAGAAUUUUGUGAUGUGGGCGUGGAAAAACUUUACCCUUCUAAACCGGCAAGCGUCAGAAAGUGAUUAAAAGUUCAUCUUACUUCUUAGGGAGCAAAACCUUCUGAAAAUUGGAACAUCCGAACUGCCGAGUAAGAAUCACAUAAUCAAACUAGCAACAGAAUCAGAAGAAGGAGUAGCUGAGCGCUGUCACUAAUCCUGCAGAUCAAGAUGGUAGUUAAAGUUUUAUCGAGUUUGGUUCUGGCGUGGUUCUGCUGCUGCUGGCUUUCCCGAUACCGCUUAAUUGCUUUUGCCGCUUCUUUUUCCUCCUCUACGACUGAUCCAAAUGGAACUGUCAGCAAAUGGUCCAGGAAUAGCGAUGGAUGUUCGUCUUGCUCUUGCGGUGGACCGUCUUCGAAUUCCCGUGUGGUCGGUGGAAAUUACAGCGACAUCGGAGCGUAUCCUUGGAUGGCUGCCCUGUAUCACCGGAAGGUUUUCACCUGUGGCGGAAGUCUAAUCAACAAUCGAUACGUCCUGACGGCAGCUCACUGUGUCGUCCGUCUGGAGGCCAAGGAUUUCCAGGUGUUCCUCAACCGUGUCAAUAUUUCGGACAGUAAUUCAGGAAUGAUUCAGCGGAACGUCGAAUCGAUCAAACUUAAUCACUACCAGGGCUUGAGAACCAAUAACGAUGUGGCGCUGCUUCGGCUCCAGCAGCCGGUUGCUAUUGGACCGGAUGUGAUGCCGAUUUGUCUGCCCACCGGGAUGGAUUCCUACCAGGGACGAAAGGCAAUGGUUAUCGGAUGGGGCACGACAGCCAACGGCAGCCUGUCGGACACACUCCAGGAACUCACGGUACCGGUUCUAGCCAACCAGGAAUGUCGCCGGGCGGGAUAUUUCCGAUUCCAAAUAACAAACCGUAUGAUGUGCGCCGGGUACCUGGAAGGCGGAAAGGAUUCUUGUCAGGGUGACAGCGGUGGACCGCUUCAGCUGUUAAGUCCAGCAACAGGUCGUUACGAAAUCAUCGGCGUGGUAUCGUGGGGCCGGGAAUGUGCCCAACGUAAUUAUCCGGGUGUGUACGCGCGAGUAACAAAAUUUUCCUCCUGGAUCCGGAGAACGGCAGGAAGCUCCGCUGCUGAUGUCUGUUGGUGUCAGUGAGGAGAGAGGAACAACGAUGACGGUCAUCAUAAUGAAAAAAUACCUUAAAUCCAGCAGAGGAGACGACCAAACGAGCAAUGCGCUGUAGAUAUAUGAAACCAAGAGAUUGAGUCAUUUUUCCCCGGGACAUC